AUUGCACCUGGAUGGCCAUGAUGCGCCCAUCCCUGCGCCCGGUGACCCUGACCCCGGUGACCACGGUGGCCGUGGACAGGGCCGCCGCAGCGCCGCGGCCUGCGGCCACGCCGCCACGCGGCGCGGCGCAACGCCCAGGGUGGGCCUCGUGGGCCCCGUGGGCUGUGCCGCUGCUGGCAACCCGCCGUGGGCGGGUAAGGCGAUGCGCGGAGGCGCAGGAGGCACAGGAGGCGCAGGCGCAGGAGGAGGUUGCCAUGGAAGUGAAAGAUGUGGAGUUGGAAGAAGAGGAGGCUGGUUGUGGUGGGUACUUGAGACGGCUUAUGCUUGAGGCGCCAGCCAAGCGCAAGCUGCGCGAGCGGCGGAUGCCCUUUGACCCCAAGGCCGAGCCCGGAGCUAUGGAACCCUUGGGCUACUUCGACCCACUGGGCCUCUGUCCACCAGGUGACGAGGGGAAGUUCAAGCAGCUGCGGGCUGCGGAGCUGAAACACGGCCGCGUGGCGAUGUUGGCCUCCGUGGGGUUGCUGGCGCAGUGCUACAUUCGUCUGCCGUUCUUGGGCCUGAAGGACUCUCCGGCAGGCUACCAAGCAGCGCUCUUGGUGCCAUCCCUAUGGAUGUUUGGUCUGGUGGUAAUUACUGCCAUGCUCUUCGAGUGGCUCUGGUGGAAAGAGGACCCAUGGAAAGAGCCUGGAAACUUUGGAGAUCCUUUGGGCCUCAACAUGUAUGAUCGCGACAUGCGCAACCGGGAGCUGAACAACGGGCGCUUCGCGAUGUUCGCCACCAGCGGUAUUCUCGCGGCGGAGCUCUAUACCGGGCAGAAUGCUGCACAACAGCUUGGGCUCCAAUGAGCCUUGGAUGCCGCACCGGGGAAAUGCUGCGCUGGGGUUAAAAAAAACCUGGGACUUGGCAUCGUUUUUUUUCCAUGGCCCAAUGGCCAUUUCAUGGGGAAAAAAACGGCCAGUUUGAGACACCCAGUUUGAUCCAUGAUGGAUGGGACAUUGAAACACUCUCCCUGAUUUUCAACUGCCCAGGACCUGGGACCUGGACGCAUCUGA